AUGUCCUCCCAAUCGCCGAGCCUACGCAAUCUCCAGGCGUCGACCGUCUUCCUCAACUCGGCCGUCGCCGGACUCAACCUGGGUCUCUCCGUCUUCGUCAUUCCCCGCCUCCUCGAGUCCCCGACCCCGCUCAUGCUACGACAAUGGACCAACAUGUACAAGCGGACCAGCCGUGCCUUUCCACCUCCGAUCCUCCUUUGCGUCUUGAGCUAUUGCUACCUAGCCUUUGCGUUCCGACAGCUCCCCGGCAAGGCCAAGGCAUUCGCAACAGCCGCUGCUCUGUGCCUCUCUAUCGGUCCGUGGACCAGGUUCUUCUUGGGCAACAUCAACAAGAAAUUAUUCCAGAAGGCCGAAGAAACAAGGGACAUGGGCAUCAUGGCUGUUGGCCUGACCCAAGAAGAAGAGGAGGGUGCCAAAUACCUGGUCGACCAAUGGGGUCUAUACAACCUGGGGCGCAGUGUUGCCCUUGGUCUCGGAGGUGUUGUCGGUCUGUACACCGUCAUAUCCUGA